AUGGAUUUUGAGGAAGAUUACGAUGCUGAGUUUGAUGAUAAUCAAGAAGGACAAUUAGAAACACCUUUUCCAGCAGUGACUGGUGCUGACGAUGGGAACAAUGCUGAUGAUGACUCUAUCGCAGGAAACAUGAAAAGGAAGCAAAAGAGAGAGGUUGUAGUGGAUGAUGGAAGUGAAAAUGCAUUUGGUAUACCCGAAUUUACAAGAAAAGAUAAGACAUUGGAGGAGAUUCUAGAGAUGAUGGACAAUACUCCUCCAAUCAUCCCCGAUGCUGUGGUAGACUACUAUCUAACCAAGAACGGAUUUAACGUGGCAGACAUACGAGUGAAACGACUUUUAGCACUGGCUACUCAAAAGUUUGUUAGCGAUAUAGCUAAGGAUGCCUACGAGUAUUCGAGGAUCAGGUCCUCUGUGGCGGUAUCUAAUGCAAACAAUAGUCAAGCGAGAGCUAGGCAGCUAUUGCAAGGGCAGCAGCAGCCUGGUGUGCAGCAGAUAUCACAGCAACAACAUCAACAGAAUGAGAAGACUACAGCAAGCAAAGUUGUUCUGACGGUGAACGAUCUCAGUAGCGCUGUUGCUGAGUAUGGGCUCAAUAUAGGUCGUCCUGACUUUUAUCGGUAG